AAGGAUGGCCCAGGAAACCAAUCAAACGCAGGUGCCCAUGCUGUGUACUACAGGCUGUGGGUUUUAUGGCAGCCCCCGGACCAAUGGGAUGUGCUCCGUUUGCUAUAAAGAGUAUCUGCAGAGACAGCAGAGCAGCGGUCGGAUAAGCCCCCCAGCAGCGAGUGGUCCCAGCAGCAGUCCUGUGGCUUCAGAUUCCAGCCUAGGCCAGGACACGGAGGGAGAUACUAUGCCUGAAGAUGUGAAAGCCAGUUUGUUUGCUGCAAAUGCUCCCAGCACUCAGACCCCUGUGACCCAUCAGAUGACAGCCAUGAGCAUAUCCAGAGAGGAGACCAGCAACGAGACAGUAGGAUACGUUAAGACAGAAGAAGCCUCAUCAGCAUCUUCCUCAGGUACCCUCCUUGAAAUAUCCCAGAACUCUCCUGAGGGCAAGAAGGCUUCAGAGAAACCCAAACAGAAAAAGAAUCGCUGCUUCACCUGCCGCAAGAAAAUAGGACUAACCGGCUUUGACUGCCGUUGUGGGAACCUGUUCUGCGCUAUCCACCGCUACUCGGACAUGCACAGCUGCCCAUACGAUUACAAGGCAGAAGCGGCCGAGAAGAUCCGCAAGGAGAACCCCAUCAUCAUGGCUGAGAAGAUCCAGAAGUUGUGAGGGCCCCUGAGCAGCAACAACCCCAGCACUCCUCACCCCUGGACAGAAGGGGCUUCGUGCCAGCACGGGGAAAGGGCCCUGAGCACUGAGAGGCUCAGCCACUCCAGACCAGAGACGCUGGCCCCCUCCCCUCCAUGCCCUUCCCCUUCUGGCCACUGCUCAGCCAACCCACCAUCGCCCCAUUUUGAAAGGGACCUGCCCAGUUCCUGCUACUGAGAGCUCUGGACUCAGCCUCUCUCAGGGCUGCAGCUCCGUGGUUUCUGGACACCCUGAUACUUGCUGUGGGCAUCAGUGAGACGCUGCCCCCUCCACCCUGCAGCAAUUGAGGCUGGGGUCUGGGGCAGCCUCGGCACCAGUCCCUGGCUUCUCUUGCCAUCAGGUUGCAGGGAAAGGACUGUGCCCCUUCAGGAUCUGACGUUCUCCCCUGCCCUUUGAGGCACCAUCAUUGUGGCAGCAGAAUUGCUCAGGGCAGAGCCUGGCACUGCAGCCUGUGGAUAUGGCUGUGACCCUCCAGCUCUGGCCACAAAUGAGCAGCAUUACAGACAUGCGAGUGCCCCCCACCCUUCCCGAAUGGCAGUGGGGCCCAUCAGCGGGUGCUGCUCUCAGUAGUCAGGCUGAACUGGGGGCCUCAUUGCCCCAGCCCCCUCAUGUGCUGGCCUUGCCUGGGCGCAACGUGGGCCAGUCUUGAGCAAUGGCGGUUGUAGCACAAUUGAAGCCCCCCUCUCCUCCCCCUUCAGUCUGUACCUUCUGCCUUAUUGUACGAUUCUCUCUUAUCAGGGUUGUGCGCAAAGCUCAGACCAGCAAACCUCCUCCCCCUUUGCUGCACGCAUGCAAAUCUCAGAGGUCCGACCCCACCCCAGCCUCGCUGAUAUUCAGCGAGAUCUUCUCCUUAGUGAGCAUAGACACCGCACUGACCCUCACCCCACCCCCUUCCUUCCCAGGGCUGGAUCUGCAGCCCUUAUGUGUGGUGGAGCCAUGGAUCUACCCCCAGUGUUAUGGCAAAUGCACCUGGUAAGGACCUCGCAUCGUUCAGGGCUGUCCCUGGGAUGGAUUGACACCUGGCCUUCCUCUUUGCCCCUGGAUCCUCAGCAGAGAUGCUGGGCCUGGGCUCUGUGGGGGGCAAGGGGACUCUGAAUAGGCAGGAUCAGACCCUCUGUCAGUCUCUGAGGCUUAGAGGGAGUGAAAUCCCCAUCUCCACUGAUAUCCUGAGACCCUGCAGCCCCCUUGCACUGGUGCUGAGGCAGGGAUGGGCCCUCCUAUCUCUGCAGUGAGGACCUCCCAGCCUCUCCCUCCCAGGGGCAUCUCCCAUAUUGAGACGAAGCUUGGAUUGGAGCCCUGGGAAGGGCUCCUGGGCCCUUGUUCAGAGCUGAACAAGCUCAAAGCACCAGGGGGUUUUAGAGGCUGGGCAGAUUCUCACUGAUUGACCAAAGCAGAGAGAUGCAUCCCAGGAGAACAGCUGCCAAAGCUUCCACCCCACUUUAUUUCCCCUGAGUCACUGCUUCCUUAAGUAGCUGCAGAGAACAGUCGGGCUCUCUGGGCUGAACCUUCAGCUGGCCAAACUGACACAGCUCCCCUGGGCAAAGCCAACACCCCACAUAAGCUACUUGUGCCAGGCAUCCCAGUAGGGUUCAGAUCUCGGUGCCAAUCUGCAGUAGACCUCUCAGCUUCAGGGUGCGGGCUGAGCCUGUUCCUGUCACCGCAGUCCUGCCUGCGUUGCUCCACGGAUCCCAAGGGCAUUGCACGUGCAUGGGAUCGCACUGACCCACUCAGCUAGGUCCUUGGUGUAAAUGCUCUCUGGGCAGGCACGUGAGCCAGGCUUUCAGCAGGUGCAAAGCAAAAUUGGGGCUGUCAGGCAAAAGCAGGGCAACUGCAGUGUCUCCGCAGGGUGAGUAAAGUUAUGCAGCUGGGCCAGUGAUCAGAAUAGGGCCCUCGCCCUGCCCUUGCUCCCAGAGCCAGCUGACCUGGGGGUUUAGCCCUGGUGUUGAAAACUGGGUGCUUUGAGCUCUCUCUCUUGCCCACUUGCCUGUGCCCGUUCUUGCCUGGAGCCCAGCAGAGACCAACUAUUUAUAUAGAUAGAGUUUAUUUUUGGAAGGGGCUGGCUGGCGCCUGGCUUGCAUCUGGCCUGCCAGGGUGGACGGCAGGAGACCCAUGGCCCUUCCCAGAUCACAUGCGGUAGCAUUCACUUGAGCCUGGUGGAUUCUUCCUGGGGCAGGGGAGGAAAGUCAACAAGGUGAGAAGCCGGCCUUUCGCUUCCCUUCCGUUCCUGCCUCCCCCCCCCGACUCUGUUUUGUUCCUUCCUCCUAGAACGACUGAUCCCAGAAUGUAAAUAUUAAUAUAUUCUAGUUUGCUUG